GCUGUCGCUUGUUGAAAACAAGUCCUGCUCGUGUAUUUCUGGCGAUCUUUUUAGUUUGGUUGCUCUACCUGCAUUUGAAGAAAAGGUCGCCACAUAAGAAAAAUAGCGAUUAAGAAUUGAGCAUUUCGGAUUAAAAAGUGUUUUCGCGCAGUAACACGUUUUUUUUGUCUGCACUGUCAAAAUCCCAAUAGAGAUCUGCGUGAGGUUUGGUCGCCGAAGUUUUUUUUUCUUCAGAGAAGUAACAGAAAAUGAGCAGAAAUCGUAGAGGGCGCGGUCGAGGCAGGAACUAUGAAAACGGCAUGAAUCAGAACGUACCGAUAGACCAAUAUUUAGAGGAUUAUCUGCAGAGUGACAGUGAGGAUGAGUUGGAUGUCUAUGCAAAUUGGGCGAUUCUGGGUGCCUUGGGUAGGAUGAGGCAUCGUCAAGACCGUAGUAGCGAGUCAAUGAAUGAUGUGCUACAAACGGAGGAUGGUUUCGUGGUCAACACGAUAUAUGUCAGCUUCCAUCAAUCGACGUCGGUAUUGGAAGAGUACGAAAUACGCCAAUUGUUUGAACAGUUUGGGCCUGUAAAGAAUGUUCGGAUUUGUGUGAAUCAGAACAAUAACCAGUACACAGAUGGAAGAUUAACACGCGGCAGAGGAAGUAGACGAUACCAAAAGAGUAAACGACAGGGAGAAAAAUACACAUACGCCUUCGUAUCCUACGAAAAAUGCGAAGAUGCUGCGAAGUGCUUGAGAGGAAAGUACAAAGUACGCCAUCAAUGCUAUGUAGCUAAGGCCGAUAGCUGGCAUCAAGAGGCCUAUCAUAAGAAACAGAAUGAAAUGGAGAAUGGUGUAGAAGAGGCUGGAUCCUCUUCGGUAAAAGAUGAUGAGUGGAAAGCACACCUUGAUACUGGAACUAUGUGCGAUUCAAAUCAAGAAUUAGCAGCGGAUUCAAAUGCGGCAACAAGUCGAGAAAGUAUAUUCAACGACGCAGAUUCGGAGCAAAUCAACAUUCUCCAUCUAAACGACGAUUGCUUAAUGUUGAUUUUCGAUCAACUUGAUCUUUUGGAUCUGAUUGCACUGAAGAAAACCUGCUGUCGUUUUCAGGGAAUCGCAUGCAACUUAUUCAAACGGUACAAAUUGUUGGAUUUAGAUAUGGAGCUAACCGAGAAAAAAUACCUUACGAUGUUGGACGUCAAAACGUUGCUUUCCGAGGUGGGCUCUUUUGUGCACCAUUUAUGUAUCACCCGUGAUCGGUUUAUAAAACCGUGCGUUAGAAUGUUGAAUCUUAUUCACCGACAUUGUCCAAACCUAACGGAUUUGACCAUUCACGAUUUUAAAUUGACUUCAAAGACUUUGCACAGCUUGAACGUAGUUUUCCAAUCGCUCGAAGGGCUCACAUUGAGCUCUUGUGGUAUCAGUGAUAAAAUUGACAUGAGCUUGAAACAAGCAAAAAAACUACAAAGGCUGAAUCUAUCAUCGAAUAGUGAACUUACAGGAAAAUUCUUGAAAGUAGUGGAAAACCUUAAACAUCUCAACUUGGAGAGCUGCCUAAACAUUCAAGGAAAACCGUUUUCCGCUUUUGCUAAGAAAAACAAAACCCUAGAGUACCUAAAUAUCAACUGUUGUUCUCGGUUGACAUCGGAUGCCAUCAAAUCGAUUGUUACUAACAUGACUGAACUGUCCCAUCUAGUUUGUAACAAUAGUUACGAAAAUGUGGAUGCAUCCAGCAUGGCAUUGAUUGCUAAAUUACCCAAACUUAAAAAGCUACAAUUUAAAUUUAAUAGUACUUCGUCUAUAGAUCUGAUACUGCAAAAUUUAGCUGAAGCAGAAAACCUAGAACAUUUGGAUCUAUCGGACGAAAUAUUUACCUCGGUCGAUUACAAUCUACUGUGUGGGUUAGCCCAUUUAAAAGAAUUGAAACUAAACUACAAACUGGAUUUCUCUGAUCAGCACCUCUCGAAGUUGGGCUCCAGAGGAAACUUCGUUGAGCUGCACAUUGCCGGCUGCACGAGUCUUACCGAUAAACAAUUGAUUGAAUUCAUCAAAACAAAUCGUCAACUUAAUCUGUUAGAUAUUUCGUACUGCAACAUUACUGAAGGUCUUAUCUUCUCGGCGAUCGACAUACUGAAAGAACAGGCAUGUAACCGAACAAAUAGUGCUAUAAGCAACCGAAAACUCAAAUUACUUGUGGGCCAAACAAGCAUUUGUCCAGUGAUCAAAGAGAAUGCACUAAUUCAAAGUAAUCGUCAUCUGCUUGAGAUUUCUUUCGAGUACACCGAUGGGUUCUAUGGCACUAUGGAUGCAGACGAUAUGUACGAUGACGUAAUGGAUGAGGACGACGAAGAUUUUAUGGGCUACGACCACGAUGAUGAUGAAGCAGGUCUGUGGGGAUUGGAUUAUGAUUCAGAUCUUGAUCUUGCAGAUGUGUACCAAUACUUCCACGACAGCGAUGACGAUGACUAUGCAUACAUGUUUCACGGAAUGGCAGGUAUGUUUUAGUUAUGUUCCCACCCGAAGAAACACGAGAUCAAGAACCUGCGGAAGUGCAUCGCUAUGCUGAAUAGAAUAAAUUAUUUGGAAAAUUGGAACGAAGACCAAAAGAGACACUAGCCUCCGAUUUUCGCAAUGUGUGACGAGAAUUUCUUUACUCGAUUCUUGCGAAACAAGAUUUUCCAUAGAACUCAAUUUCGCGUCGCUCAAAAAUGGGGCUAAUCCAUCACACAGCAGCAGCAUUGAUGAUUGCUUGUCAUUUGAUGUCAAACAAUCAAUCGUUGAUUUUUCUAUGUUAUUUUUUAUGUUCUUCAAUUUGAUUCAAAUAGUUUUAUUUAUCUGGAUGUCUUGUAAAUCGAAAAAAAAACAAUAAACAUUCAAAGAUUAUUAA